AUGCCCACUUUAUGCUGCAAAAUGCGUUUGCUUUUGCCACUUUUCGCUUUCCCUGUGGCAGUCCUCGCAGAGGCGAGUGACAUCGUCGAAGUGCCGGUCUCUCCCUUUCCCAGUGCUUCAAGGCCCUACAAUCCAACGGAAGUUCGAGCACCUAUGGAACAAAUAGGCGAAGACUCGCGGGGGGACCUUCAGACCCAGACUCAUGCGAAGUAUGCUUUGCUCAACAUAACCUGGGCGCCGAUGUCAGGCACAGCGCUGGACAGGCUGGAGGCGCACAGGCAAGUAUGCUUUGCUCAACAUAACCUGGGCACCGAUGUCAGGCACAGCGCUGGACAGGCUGGAGGCGCACAGGCUAUUGUAUUCCUUGGGCCUAGUGGGUAA